AUGAAAUAUAGUCUCAAUAUCCAAGCCCUUUGUGACUACAGAGGUUUAUUUCUUGAUGUGGAUAUUAACUGGCCAGGAAGUGUUCAUGAUGCUCGAGUGCUUGCAAACUCUAACUUAAACAAGAUGUUUGUUGAGAAGACCCUACCUAUGGUGUACCGUGCAGUUCUUCCUGGCACAGAUCGAAUCCCUCCACUUGUCCUUGGGGACCCUGCAUACCCCCUUUUGCCCAAUGUAAUGAAGGAAUAUGCUGAAGAUGUCUUCAAUGAAAAAGCUAUAUUCAACCAAAUAUUGAGAGGUGGACGCAAUCAAAUUGAGUGUGCAUUUGGUCGGCUAAAAGCAAGAUGGCAAAUUCUAAAUCGACCAAUAAAUGUAAAGUUAAGUGAUGUACCAUCUUUAAUUCAUGCUUGUUUUGUAUUGCACAAUUUUUGUGAAGUAAAAGGAGCUAAGAUAAUUGGUGAAGGAGUUGAACAUCAAAUACAGUUGAAUGUUGUUGACCAAUGUUGUUUGCACCAUGCCACUCCUGAUAGGUCACUAACAUACAAUACAGCAAUAGGUUCUGCAAUACGCACAACCAUAACAAACUAUUUUAAAGAACAUAUGUGUAAUUAG